UAUGAGGCGGCCCAGGGAGCGUUGGGAUAGAUUUGCACUCAGGGCCACCUGAGGGACUUAGCGAUGGCGUUCAGCUCUUUCCCUUACCGUCGCAGAGACACGCUUGUCGCCAGAGAGUAGGCUACUCUAUGCGGAGGGUGGGUUGUCGGGAGGUCAUUUCUGUGGUUUGCCUUGAAGCGACGUGUGGAGAGGCAGGGCUGGGGGUGGGUCAGGCCUCCUGGGCGUUUGUGAGGGAAGACCCCCGCCCCCCUCCCAGCCCCUUCCGUAUAUCUAAACUGCCCCCGACUGGACGCUAAGAUGGCUGCCGUUGCCAUGACACCCAACCCUGUGAAGACCCUCCAGGAAGAGGCGGUGUGCGCCAUCUGCCUCGAUUACUUCACGGACCCGGUGUCCAUCGGCUGCGGGCACAACUUCUGCCGAGUGUGUGUAACCCAGUUGUGGGGCGGGGAGGAUGAGGAGGAUCGGGAUGAGUUAGACCGGGAGGAGGAGGAGGAGGACGAUGGAGACGAGGAAGAAGUGGAGGCUGUUGGGGCUGGAGGUGGGUGGGACACCCCCAUGCGGGACGACGACUACGAGGGGGGCAUGGAGGAGGAGGAGGAGGAGGAGGGGGAGUUCUGGACCAAUGGCAUGGGCGAGUCGAACUGGGACGACAUGGACUAUGUGUGGGAGGAGGAGGAUGAGGAGGAAGACCUGGACUACUACUUGGGGGACAUGGAUGAGGACCUGAGGGGGGAAGAUGAAGAGGACGAGGAGGAGGUCCUGGAGGAGGACGAAGAAGAGGAGCUGGAGCCCGUCACCCCACUGCCUCCGCCCCCUGCCCCUCGGAGGUGUUUCACCUGUCCCCAGUGCCGCAAAAGCUUUCCCCGCCGGAGCUUUCGCCCCAACCUGCAGCUGGCCAACAUGGUGCAAGUGAUUCGGCAGAUGCACCCGGCCCCCGGCCGAAGGAGCAGAGGGAACGAGCAGGGCAUUUGCCCCAAGCACCAGGAAGCCCUGAAACUCUUCUGUGAAGUGGACGAAGAGGCCAUCUGUGUAGUGUGCCGAGAAUCCAGGAGCCACAAACAACACAGCGUGGUGCCGUUGGAGGAGGUGGUGCAGGAAUACAAGGCAAAACUUCAGGGCCACGUGGAACCGCUGAGGAAGCAUCUGGAGGCUGUCCAAAAGAUGAAGGCCAAGGAGGAGAGGCGGGUGACAGAGCUGACGAGCCAGAUGAAGUCAGAGCUGGCAGCAGUGGCCUCAGAAUUCGGGCGGUUGACGCGGUUUCUGGCGGAGGAGCAGGCGGGGUUGGAGCGACGCCUCCGAGAGAUGCAUGAAGCCCAGCUGGGGCGUGCAGGAGCAAUGGCCUGCCGCCUCUCAGAGCAGGCUGCCCAGCUGAGCCGCCUCCUGGCAGAGGCCCAGGAGCGGAGCCAGCAGGGGGGCCUGCGGCUGCUGCAGGACAUCAAGGAGACUUUCAAUAGGUGUGAAGAAGUACAGCUGCAGCCCCCCGAAGCCUGGUCCCCUGAUCCGUACCAACCUCAUAGCCAUGACUUCCUGACUGAUGCCAUCGUGAGGAAAAUGAGCCGGAUGUUCUGUCAGGCUGCCCGAGUGGACCUGACGCUGGACCCUGACACAGCUCACCCUGCCCUGAUGCUGUCCCCUGAUCGCCGGGGGGUCCGCCUGGCAGAGCAGCGGCAGGAGGUUGACCACCCCAAGCACUUCUCGGCUGACUGCUGUGUACUAGGGGCCCAGGGUUUCCGCUCUGGCCGGCACUAUUGGGAGGUAGAGGUGGGCGGGCGUCGGGGCUGGGCGGUGGGCGCUGCCCGUGAAUCAACCCAUCACAAGGAGAAGGUGGGCUCUGGAGGGCUGCCUUUGGGCAGUGGAGAUGUCAGUUCCUCACGUCAUCACCAUCGCCGCCGCAGACUCCAUCUACCCCAGCAACCUCUGCUCCAGCGGGAAGUGUGGUGUGUGGGCACCAAUGGCAAACGCUACCAGGCACAGAGCUCAACAGAACAGACACUGCUGAGCCCAAGUGAGAAACCAAGGCGCUUUGGUGUGUACCUGGACUAUGAGGCCGGGCGCCUGGGCUUCUACAACGCAGAGACUCUGGCCCAUGUGCACACCUUCUCAGCUGCCUUCCUGGGCGAGCGCGUCUUCCCUUUUUUCCGAGUGCUCUCCAAGAGCACACGCAUCAAGCUUUGCCCUUGAUUGGCCUGCCACCCGCAAGGGCCCCUCUGGUAAACACUGGGGGGUCGGGUGGUGAUGGAGAGUGGCCUAUCAGUUUGGGGUCUCAGUGGCUCCUUUCCAAUGUUAAUGCGUUGCUUCCCACUCCCCCUUGAUCCCAGGCCCCUGCUUCUCCUAGAAGCCUAAAGAACCUUCCUGGCCACCAACUAGGCCUUCUCUCACCUACUUUGUCUGUCCAACAGGUCUGCAUGGGUCUUUGACAUGAGAACAGCUUCCUGGCCUUCUCUCCCUCCUGUCUGCCCAGUCUGGCCCUAGGGGUCUGAAUUUAAGUUAGGGAAGAUAUCAUUCCUUAUUAACUUCUUAUUCCCCACUUGUGUAAUUUCUGAAGGGUUUGGGCAUGAAUCCUAACAUCCCCCAUAUUCCAAUUCCAUAUUCUGGUACAGACUUUUAGCUAAGGGAUUUGGAAGCUUUUAUGGGGAGGCAGGUUGGGGGAAAAGGGUAGAGCUGGGUAAUAAAUGUCUACUCUCUUGGGGACUUGGGGAGGAAUUCUAAACGUUCCUUCCUUCCCCUAUUUCUACCUCCAUAGACUGGCCAGAACUUAGCUUCAAUGAGAGAUCUGGAGUGGUCGACAUAAUUGAGCCUACAUACUGUUCCACCAUCCAAUAAAUUAUUUGCUCCCCUGCCCUUCAUUCCAGCACACAAUCUAGGAACAAAACUCACCCUCCCACCCCUCCCGGUUUCAGGGUUUUCACUGCCAGGCCCCUUCCCCUCUGUUCAGUGGAGUUGCUUAUACAACAUCUCAGUUUCCAGCCUCUCGCCAUGCCUUCAGUUCCAUUUGGCAAAGCCCUGCUGGGGAUGCCUGGGGACAGGGGUUUGGAUCCCCACCAGGAGAGCCUUGGGUAUAAUCUAUUUUUCUAGUAAUCCCUUGCCUUUUGUCACUUACAAGCUUGCCCUCUGCUUUGAUAGCCGAGGUCGAUUCAUGUUCUAAGGGAAAGGGAGAGGUGGGUUGUGUUGUGGAGUUGAAUAAAAGUUUAUUUGCUUC